AAAACGCAAUACUAAUCUGAGAGCUCAUGAUAUUCCCCCGAUUUUUGUGCCCCUCGUCAAAAAUAUAAGGGACGCUGCACCUUUAAAAGUGCAUCACACAUUACGGUGUUUCUGCCGUAACCGUACUACUAGUAUUAUUGCUGCCAACUUCCGGAAACUCUUCGAUCCGUCCAUGAUCCACCAUUGCGGCAAAAAUGGUCCAUUGUAGCCAACAGAGAUGACGAGACUCUCUCUUCAUGGCUCUAACGGGGCAAUAACUUCGUUUUAAUAUCGAAACUGUCUUGAAAAUAAUCUGAUAUGUCAGCCGCUACGAGUACAGCUACUUCAGGAAUCGUAGACCACGUAAUGAAACCGGUCCUGUUUGAAAUAUUCGGAGAGAUCUGGAAUGUACAAGCUCGUCUGGGCCAAGGAGUCUCGGCCUCUGUUUACAAGGUAAGCUCUGGAAGAGCGAGCACCGCGGCGGUGAAGGAGUUCCAGGCCGACAUUCAAGGUGGGGAUUACGGCUACCAUAAAGAGAGGUCCGUACUGGAGGACAUUCAAGGACACAAAAACAUCGUGACGCUUUAUGGCGUGUUCACCAAUCACAGCAGUGUUGGCGUGGCGACGCGCUGCCUCCUUCUGGAGCUGCUGGACGUGAGCGUGUCUGAGCUGCUGGUCCAGGGUGGCGGGCAGGGUGGCGACCAGGGGGGCCGGGGGCGGCAGGGCCACUCCAUGUGGCUGAUCCAGCACUGUGCCAGGGAUGUGCUGGAGGCUCUGGGGUUCCUCCACAGGGAGGGCUACGUCCACGCCGACCUCAAACCACGCAACAUCCUCUGGUGCGCUGAUGACGAGUGCUUCAAACUCAUCGACUUUGGACUCAGCUUCAAGGAGGGAAACCAGGAUGUGAAGUACAUCCAGACAGACGGGUACCGCGCCCCAGAAGCAGAACAUCAGAACCUGCUGGCCCAGGGGGGGCUGGAGGGGGCUGAGGAGGCAGGGGGGCUGGAGGGGGCCCAGGGCUGCAGCACGGCUGUGGAUCUGUGGAGUCUGGGGGUGAUCCUGCUGGAGAUGCUGUCUGGGGUCAAGCUGAAGGAGACUCUUCGCUCACAGCAGUGGAAGGACAGCAGUGCAGCGAUCAUCGACCACCUGUUUGCCAGCAGCAGCAGCGCAGCCUGCCCCGCCAUCCCAGUGUUCCACCUCAGAGACCUCAUCAAGAGCAUGCUACUCCAGAGCCCUGAGAGCAGAGCCACUGCAGAGAGCGCCCUGCUCAACCCCUUCUUCAGCAUCCCCUUCGCUCCACACAUCGAGGACCUGGUCCUGCUAGCGUCUCCUGUGCUGCGUCUGCUCAACCUCAUAGACGACAGCCACCUGCACAACGAGGAGGAAUACGAAGAUAUCUUGGAGGACAUGAAGGAGGAGUGCCAGAAGUAUGGAUCUGUGGUGUCCCUGCUCAUCCCCAAGGAGAACCCAGGCAAAGGCCAGGUGUUUGUGGAGUACACCAACGCCAGCGAGUCCAAGGAAGCUCAGAGGCUGCUCACAGGACGGACCUUCGACGGGAAGUUUGUGGUGGCAACGUUCUACCCCCUGAGUGCUUACAAGAGGGGCUACCUCUACCAGACCGUCCUGUGAUGCCCUGUGAAGACUGUCACACACACACCCUCGGCCCUCUCCAGGCUCUGUGUCAGCUACAGACACGGUUCACUCCAGGCUCUGUGUCAGCUACAGACACGGUUCACUCCAAAUGGUCUUCUAACAGAUGAACAUGCGCCAGUGUUUUAAUAUUACAGUGUGUAAAUGUUAGUGUGUCGAAUGUUAAGGGGUGUUAAAGCUCUGACUGCCGUUUAUGAUGAUGAUGGUGUGUGUGUGUGUGUGUAGAUAGCUUUUACCAGGUAGCACUUAUGCCUGUAAAGCUAAUGUUUGUAGCAGCAACGGCUAAAUGCUCUUGUUUGUAGCAGCUACGGCAAAUUCUGAUGCAUGUAGCAGGUGGGAGGCAGGAUUAGCUACCUCUGUUGUUAUGUAGCAUGAGUGUGAAUGAAGCUUGCGGUGUCUGACCCUCUGGUGUCUGACCCUCUGGUGUCUGACCCUCUGGUGUCUGACCCUCUGGUGUCUGACCCUCUGACCCUCUGGUGUCUGA